AUGAGCGGAAGAUCGCAGCACAUCGUUGGAAUUCAUUAUGCUGUGGGACCCAAGAUAGGAGAAGGUUCUUUUGGGGUUAUAUUCGAGGGUGAAAACGUUUUGGGACAAGAGUCUGGUCCUGUGGCAAUCAAGUUUGAACCGCGCAGAGCAGAGGCUCCGCAGCUCAGGGAUGAGUUCCGUGCAUACAAAAUCCUUGCAGGGCUACCAGGAAUUCCCAGAGCAUACUAUUUCGGGCAAGAGGGCAUGCAUAACGUUUUAGUUAUUGAUUUGCUUGGUCCAUCGCUGGAAGAUCUUUUCGAAUGGUGUGGGCGGCGAUUCUCGGUGAAAACAACGUGUCUUCUCGCCAAGCAGAUGAUUAGACGGGUACAGUCCAUCCACGAGCGCGAUCUUAUAUACAGAGACAUCAAGCCAGACAAUUUUCUCGUGGCGCAGUACCAACGCGAGUUGCCAAAUGGACAGCUUGUCAAGAGCUGCGCCGCUUCUGCACAUGGGGAUCCUAACUUGGUUUACGUCGUGGACUUUGGAAUGGCCAAACAGUUCAGGGACCCAAAGACUAAACAACACAUCCCGUACAAAGAGCGCAAAUCUCUGAGUGGUACUGCUCGUUACAUGUCGAUCAACACUCAUUUCGGGCGCGAGCAAUCACGACGCGACGAUCUGGAGUCUCUCGGCCAUGUAUUUUUCUAUUUCCUACGUGGCUUUCUACCCUGGCAAGGCCUCAAAGUUGCCAACACUAAAUUGAAGUACGAGAAAAUUGGUCUCACAAAGCAGAAAGUGAGGCCUGAAGAUCUAGUAGAGCGUGACAUCCCAACCCAGUUUGCGACAUAUCUGUCAUAUUGUCGGUCACUGCGGUUUGAGCAAGAGCCCGAUUACGAUUUUUUGGUCUCUCUAAUGACUCAAGCGCUUGAAGAAAAUGGAUAUGAGGACGAUGAGCAUUACGACUGGCUAGAUCUGAACAACGGCCAAUCUUGGAAUAUUGGGGUCAACAGAAGGGCAAACCUUCACGGAUAUGGUAAUCCUACACCAAAAACUUCUCAAGCAGCGCGAAAAUCGGCAGUCCCACGAGUACAUCGCGAUUCGUAUUCCAAAGCUCAACGACUACGUACUCAAAUGACCAGCCAAGCUGCUAUAAGAGAUAAAAACGGGAACGUCAUGCAAUCGUACGAUUCCAUGGGCCAACGCAAUGGAAACUUUUCAGACCGCCAACAAAAUGAAACAGAUUCUUUAGAAGGGCAAAGCUGCUUUAAGAGGCUAUGUUGUUGGUGUGGAUAA